CUUGAACAACAGAGAACCUUCCUUAUGUGCAAGUUUGAACAUUUCUUCUCUAAUAUUUCAAUUCCCCUAAUUGUUGAUGAAGGUAACUCAUGGUGGUUCUGUUUACAACGUGCUUCGGCCUCUACGUCAUCACGUAAUUUGUUUGUGACCAAUGAGCGCUCAGAUGGGGCUCCGAGCUAAGGGAUUUGACAGUCUGAAGCUGAUCCCCGGGUUGGACUUCCUCAGUGGGACAGAAACCAUGGCGGCUGCUGCUGCCUGCGGACCCAACAGCUCGGUCCUGACGGUGCCGCUCGGUACCAGAGAGCACAGCCGGAAGAACCGGGAGAACUCCCGCCGCAGACAAGCCGCUCUUCUGUUCCUGAACAACAUUUCUCUGGACGGACGGCCGGUUCAGAACAGUUCGAGCCAGAAUGGAUCGAGCUGCGACAACAAAGAGACCCCGUUAGAUGGACCCAGCUGUGGUUCGGCGGCGGCCACAGCUGAUUCCUGCUCGGAAUCCGAACCCACGGUCAGCUACGGGCCGUUAGCCGGGUUCUCCGGGUCACCGUGCGGUGGGGAUGUCACUCCCAACCUGAGGACCGGACUCACCGUUAUACCGCCCAUCCUGGUCCUUCCAUCCGAGCCGGGCUUUAACGAUGCGGGGAGCGCGGAGGUUCUGCUCGGGUGUCGCCGAGGUUCGGUUCCGUCCCCGGGCAGCAGUAACCUGCUGUCUCUGUCCCCGUCCAACACCAACCUGCUGCCGUCCCCGCUGGGUCCACGGAAGUCCCCCACACUGCUGUCUGUCCAGAGCUGUAACUCUGUGUCAUCGGAACCGAGACCCAGAAGUCGGAACCUUUCUGGUGGUUCUCCAAGACCUCAGCACACCAAGAAGAUCCACUUCAUCAAAAACAUGAAACAAUACGACACCAGAGGCAGCAGAAUCGUGUUGAUCUGUGCUAAGAGGUCUCUGUGUGCUGCCUUUUCUGUUCUACCGUACGGAGAGAGCUUCUACCUCAGUGAGCCCACAUUAAACCACUCCCGGAGGAGACACUCCUCAGGAAACAUCUCCACCACCCUAGAGAUGCUGCCAGGCCUGGAGGGCUUCCAGCUGGACUGUUAUGGCAGGUCUGUGUCAUACGCUCAGUUCCUGUACCCCACCAAUGCCCUGGUGAGGCAAAAACCAUGUUCAACCAGUGAGUUGACAUUACAGAUUCCCAUGUCCAGGAGCACACACAGCAUGCUGGGCAGAACUUAUCAUUCCAGUCAACUGAACAGCACCGUGGGACUGGACCUGGGUGUAGAUGAUGUGAUGGACUACGACCCCAACCUCCUCAGUGACCCCCAGUGGCCUUGUGGGAAACAUAAACGAGUUCUCAUCUUCGCCUCCUACAUGACGACAGUAAUUGAGUACGUCAAACCAUCUGACCUGAAGAAAGACAUGAACGAGACGUUUAAGGAGAAGUUUCCCCAUAUUAAACUCACCCUCAGUAAAAUUCGCAGCCUGAAGAGAGAGAUGAGAACAGUUGGGGAGGAUUGUGGCCUGCAGCCCGUCACAAUUGCCAUGGCGUUUGUCUACUUUGAGAAGCUGGUACUCCAGGGUCGACUUAACAAACAAAACAGGAAGUUGGUGUCAGCUGCCUGUAUCCUGUUGGCUGCCAAAAUCAGCAGUGACUUGAAGAAACAGGAGGUUAAACACCUCAUUGAUAAACUAGAGGAGCGUUUCCGGAUCAGCAGGAAGGAGCUCAUAUCCUUUGAGUUCAUCAUCCUUGUGGCUCUGGAGAUGGCACUCUACCUCCCUGAGAGUAAAGUCUUGCCACAUUACAGACGGCUGGUGCAGCAGCAGCAGGUGUAGCCGCCCCACCUUUAUCACCUCAUUGUGCCUGACUCAAAGGCACAGCAGAACCAGAACCCACCAUCUAUCUGAUCUGUGCACAGGCCUGAGCUCGGGCCCGCCUCUGCUGCCUGGCUGUAAGGAAAGACACGACACCAAAGUUGCGACGCACUGUGACCAACAAGACUCUGGAAAGUCCCCAAUCAGCAUCAUCAUCAUCGUCGUCAGUCCCUCAGAGUUUGACCCUGUCAGUCUGAGCUGUAAAAUUUAAAUCAUUCCUUUUGAACUUUGAUCAUGUUUGAAACACAAAAAUAGCAUCAAAGAUUUUGGAUUUUCUGAUGUUACAAAUAUUUUUGAACCAAAUGAUAUGAAAACAGUAUAAAGAUUGUUUUUCACUGAAUCCUUCUUACACAAAUCACACCAUUAUAGAAGAAAAAGUGGAACUCCUGAAACAAAAAGUCUUUUUAAAAUACUAAACUGUAGCAGUUUUAUAGUUUAAAUGUUUACACUUACUUACUAAUCAUUAUUAUUGAUUUUUGACAAUCAUUUCAAGCUCCUGAAACUGAGAACCAACACAGAGAGGUUUCAGUGUCAGAGAUUUACAGCAGCGUAUCGCAUCUAUAGUGGACGCAGUUCUGAAUCUAGUGUUGAGAUUAUGGUUGAAAUAUGCCAAGAAUAAAAGUCAAAAUGGCUGAAAUUAAGUUAUUUAGAAAUCAAGAGAUCACUAAUAACCCUUUAGUUAUGUCUGUAUAUGUCACCACAGUAAAAAGAAAUGAACCUGGAGCUGCACACAAGUUAAGAGUAGUUCAGAGUGAGUUUUACUGAAGUACAAUAUUUAUGAUGUAAACCAUUUUAAAAUUUUCAGUCUGAGAGUAUUUUCAGUUCAACACUACUGUACUGUGUUUGAGACUUAUUGUGAAGGACGGAAGGAAGUUUUGAGUUUAGCUGCUGUAGCAGAAAAGAAAUCUUGAAACACUUUCCACUCUGAGCUGUGAAACAUUUGAAGCAAAUCUUCUGAAGGACCCCACAGCUAGUGUCUCAUCAGCCUGAAUGUUUUCAACAGCGUUCAUGAGAAAUCGUUCAAAAUAUCUGGAAAACGUUUGCAGGGUUUCCCUCAUUUCUUCAUGAAUCACCGAGCUCUCAUCACCAGACUUUUUCAAAUAGGAAGUAUAAGAAAUGUGAGACAGUAGCUAUGUUUACAUGCACAA